AUGAAGAAGGUUGCAAAGAAAAAAGCAUGGGCUCAAAAUUGGAGAGGGAAUUGUGGGUUAUUGGUCAUGAAGAAACUGAAUGAAAGCAUACUUGGGAGUGCAGGUUGGGAAGUGGCAUUCAAUGGAGUUGAGGGGCUUUGGCAGUUGACUGGUAUCUCAUGUCGUCAUGGUAUUUGUGCAAUAUUUCACAAAGGACAUCAGCCUGAAGAUUACAUACAUGAAUGCUAUAGUAAGGAGCUAUACUUGAAGACAUAUGAGCAUGUAAUCCAGUCAUUGAAUGGGGAAAUCUUUUGUCCAAGGACUGAAGGUGAUGAAAUACUUGCUCUUGUUCCAAGGAAGAUGACUGAUCUGAUCUGGCCCGGCGUCCUCAAUUCAUUUCGCACAGCGCAGAAGAGAUCGCGAUUUAAAUGGAAGCCAGCAGCCGUCGUCUCUCCACCACCCACCGCCGCAGCCGUUGUCGCCCACCGCCACACCGCACAGCCACCGUCACGCCGCUCCUUCUCCGCUGCCCAGCCACACUCGCCUCCGCCAUCGCCACACCGUACAGCCACACCAGCCUCCGCCAUCGCCCACUGCCACACCAGCCUCCGCCGACGCUCCGCCACAUCGCCUCCGCCGGUUCCUUUGCUCCAACGCUCCGCCAGACCCAGCACAGCCUACAACGCACCGGAGCACCGCCUUCCCGCCUUUGUGUUGAGCACUGGAUCUGGAGUUAAUGGCUUUACCCUUGAUCCAUUACUAGGGGAAUUCAUACUGUGCCUCUUUCGGUGCAUCAAAUAUGGAGGAAGGACAAGAAAUCUCCCCCAAAAUGAAUAUGUGAGUCAGAGAAUGGGAAGAAAUAAGUUGAAGUCUUUCGGGCCAGUAAUAUGUAGAAUGGCAAUGCUAGUCUACGUUCGUUGUGGGAGCUUCUUCUUUAAGGCGCUAGGCAUCACGCUCCUGUUUAUGGCCGGUUUCCCCAAUGACCUGGUUCAGAGGGAAACCAAUUACAAGAACUUGGACCUCCUUCAGAAGUAUUACAGAACAGACAAAGAUGCAGAAGGAGAGGAGUUAUUUCUGUCAUAUCCUUUGGCUGAUGAGAAUGCUGGUCAGCAUACAAUCCACAUGGCUGCAUCUUCAAAGCAGAAAAGCAAGAAACACACAACCACUUCAGGGAAUCUUGAUGAGAAAACUUCAGCUGUUCCAACCAACAUGCAGCCAUUGUCGACGAACCCAGUGAUUAUCAGUCCUAACAUCAAUACUCUGUAGAUCAGUAUACUGCAUAAUUAGAUGCUUUUGAUAGGAUGUUCGUGAAAGAUGUUCAUGGAUGAUGAAUUAAACAAUCUACCAAUCUCAUCACAUAUGAUGUCAAUUAAACCAGUCGCAGUUCAAGAGGUAUUCUAAUAUUCUUGUAACUGCACCAAGCCAGGAGAAUUUGAAAACUCUAUUUGAGUUUAUUUGCAAGGGAUUUGACAUGCUUGAAUACAAGAUCGUUGAGAGAGUUAGUGGAUGGAGCUACUAUCAACAAGAGAUUGAUCAAGUUAGAAACGUAUGAGUUGAUUUCUUUAUUGAUGUAUGGUUAAAUAUGUGAAUUAAUUAAUAUAAUUUGAUCUUAGCUUGAUAAUUUUAAA